AAGCCCUUCCCAUUAUCAACAAUAGUUGCCUCUCCCACUCUUUUUAGCCUUCCAAACUUUCUCCUCAGCCUUACCAACCAAGAAAAAUGGCAACCACAGCUGCUCUCUCUGGCACCAUGGUUAGCACCUCCUUCAUCCGCCGGCAGCCGGUGACAAGUCUACGAUCACUUCCUUGCGUCGGCCAGGCUCUUUUCGGCGUAAAAGGUGGUCGUGGAGGACGUAUAACAGCAAUGGCUGUUCACAAGGUCAAGCUCAUUACACCUGAUGGGCCACAAGAAUUUGAAUGCCCAGAUGAUGUUUACAUUCUGGACCAGGCUGAGGAGCUUGGUAUUGACAUCCCAUACUCAUGCAGGGCUGGUUCUUGCUCUUCAUGUGCAGGGAAAGUUCAGGGAGGGAAAAUUGAUCAGUCUGAUGGUAGCUUCCUUGAUGAUGAGCAGAUUGAAGGAGGAUGGGUUCUCACUUGUGUUGCUUAUCCACAGUCUGAUGUUGUCAUUGAGACCCACAAGGAGGAGGAACUCACUGGCUAAAAAUGUGAAUACACAUUCACAAUGGCUGCUCUCUCUCCCUCUGUCACUUCAUAAUGUUUUGUUGGUUGGUUGGUUUGGUGGCUUGGUGAAAGUCCAGGGAAAUGGUUGUUGUGUUUAAAUGAGUAGCUCUUUUUUAUGUUUUUUGUUUCUUUCAUUUGUAGUCACAAAUGAACUGCUGUAGCUUAAUAAUAAUAAUCUUCUAUGGGUUUUGCUGACAA